CCUCGUGCGUCGCGUCGCGGCGCUUGCUGGGGGCCCGGCUUUCGCCCGCUCCUGCCGCCGCCGCCGCCGGCCGCGGGCUGCUCUCCCAAGAUGGCGGCUCCUCCGGGCGAGUACUUCAGCGUUGGGAGCCAGGUGUCUUGCCGGACGUGCCAGGAGCAGCGGCUGCAGGGCGAGGUGGUAGCCUUCGACUACCAGUCCAAAAUGCUGGCUCUAAAAUGUCCCUCUUCCAGUGGAAAGCCCAACCAUGCAGACAUCUUGCUUAUAAACUUACAGUAUGUUUCAGAAGUGGAAAUAAUUAAUGAUCGAACAGAAACCCCGCCUCCCCUAGCCUCACUCAAUGUUAGUAAGCUUGCCAGCAAAGCACGGACGGAGAAGGAGGAGAAGCUGAGCCAGGCCUAUGCAAUCAGUGCUGGUGUCUCCCUGGAGGGUCAACAGCUCUUCCAGACCAUUCACAAGACCAUUAAAGACUGUAAAUGGCAAGAAAAAAACAUCGUAGUCAUGGAAGAAGUUGUUAUUACACCGCCAUAUCAAGUGGAAAAUUGUAAAGGCAAAGAGGGGAGUGCACUGAGCCACGUACGAAAAAUAGUUGAAAAACAUUUUAGAGACGUGGAAAGCCAAAAGAUACUGCAGCGUUCACAAGCCCAACAACCACAGAAGGAAGCUGCUCUGUCAUCCUGAGUCCACAAACAUGGAGGGCUCUUCCAGCAUCCAGCCACAGAGAUGGUGGUGGAGGCUUCAGUGGAGCAGGCCGGGGGAGGGAAGGGAUCCUAUAUUUCUUGCUGACUCUUAUUAGGGUCAGUGUUUCAAAAAAACCUAGACUUGAACAAACACCCAACAAAAAAGAACAAGAGAAUAAUUUAAAAGUUGAAUCAUUACUUGACUAACAGCCUUGGCCCACCAUGACCUUUUCACAGUCUCUGCAGCAGGCAUCUUGUUAGUUUUAUUUCUGCAAAUUCAAAUUCCUUUUCACUUUGCCCUUCACCUGUGACUUUCCUUCCCUAGUCUAUUUCUGCCAUUCUGAUUUUAUAAGUGGAUAUACUUGCUUUCUGAAUGAUUGAAAGAAACUUUUACAUCUUUUCUUCCAAAAUAAAAGUAACAAGGUGACUGUGAUUCUGAAGUUGAGACCAGAGCAGAAGACAGAGGUCUCACUUGGAAUUUUUCAUUUUUUUUCUUUGAUUUUUUUUCUUUUUCUUUUCUUUUUUCUUUUUUUUUUUUUCUUUUUCUCUUUCUUUCUUUCUUUCUUUUUUUUUUUUUUUUGCACAGGGCAUGGCUUGAAUUAGUUUUAUUUUUCUUAACUUUAAAUAUAUAUAUGGAAAUAUAUAUUAAAAUGUUCUCUAAGUAUUUUCUGCUUCUUGCAGGUCUCUUUUUACUAGAUCAUGGCCACUUCCCACCUCAUCCCUCUGAAAACAAAAACGUGUUGUCCUUUCUACCACCCAGAGCCCGACGAUUAACUUGACUUAGUUCACAGCGAGGAUCUCCUGCAGCCCUGCAGAGCCAGUGUGCAGACGGGAUUUGGCCUUGAGGGUCCGAUGGCUUUCUGGUCUUUAACUAUAUGUACCUGUCUCCCAUUCGGUCCCAGCCUCAGGACUCCCUCUGCCUCUGUCUUCAUGGUACUAGAGAACUCUCAGCACUCUCCACCCGGAGUCAGCCGCCCCUCCCCCUGUGCCUCUGCAGGAAGAACUGGCUUGCCUGGCACAUCUCAGCUCCUCCUCCUUCAGGACUGGACUCCAUCUACCCAGUCUUUCUUAAGUCUAUGUCCAGAGCCUCUAGCCCAGGAAAAAGCUUGAAUAACCUCUAGUUUCUCUUCUGCCAUCCUCUGGUCUUCUGCCCCCUCCUACCCCUGAAAUCUUACAAGCUAAUGACAGUUUGUAUGCGCUCAGCCAAUGGGCAGAAAACCUGGAAAGAAUUUCUGGACUUUAGCCCACCAGGUUGCCUGGUUUGACUAACCUGCUGAGAGCCGAAACUGGUACUUGUUGCCCCUGCCUGCACCUCCAGGGUAGUCUCUUGGGGCAGAGUGCCACCACCUGAAUAUCAGGCACUGAGUGGGACAUGGGUGAUGCUCAUGUGACUGGCUAGAGCUUUGGGAGUAGGGUGGGGCUAAUUUUUUUGGCCAUGAUCUCUUUUCCCUUCCUUUUUUUUUUUUUUAAUUAAAUAAAUGGAUCAAAAUUAAAUAAUUCAAGCCCUGCCUUCAAAAUGGAAAAAAACUUUUUUUUUUUAGUAUUGUUUAGCAAAAACAAUAAAACCCAAAUUUUUUUAACCAUCA